GAAUGUUUUGCUUCAUAUUUUUACUCAUUGGGAAGCUUAAAGUAGUUGACGAAUUGUUUAUUUUGUAGAAUUUUUGUGUCGAUGUGUAUUAUCGGUCGCUCUUUCCUUUAUUGUCUAAUUUGAAACACUUUUGAUGCUUGAGAGCGUGUACAUUAAAGUUAUUUUAGAAUUGUUUUUUAAUAAAAUGUUUAUAAAUAAAGAUUAAAGUAAAGAGAUGUUAACAGUUUUAAGGAACGUAAAGUGUUUGUGAAACUAAAGCAAUCGAGAUAUGUGCUUUCUUCCAUAGAAAAAUGGCGUCGUGUGGUUAACAAAUUUAAAUACUUGAGCUACAAAAAAAAACUCAAACACAAUUAUUUCUGGUGGCUAAAUUCGUGUAUAUUUUAGAUACAGUCUGGAGUCUAUUUCCAACGGCACCACUUUUACUUCCAAGAAUCAGUUGCCCUUGUUUCAAAACUAACCCCAAAUCUUUUUAUGAUAAAAAACCGAUCUCUUGGUAGGAAUUUCCAAUUAAAAUUGUAAUAAUGGCUUUAAUACAAGAGACCGUUGUGAAUUGGGGUUUAAGGAAAUGCGGAGAAAUUUCGACAUUGUUGGCAGUAGGAAAGGAAGAGUUUUUCCUCAGUUGUGAGUUUUGUGACUAUACAGUUCUUCAAUUGGACAAGUUCAUACGACACAUAUGCGAAAGCCAUCAACCAGAAUUUCCUGAAAUAAAAACCGAAACAAAUUUAGCGGAGCUAACGGUUCAGCUGCAAGAUAAGGAAGUGGGUAGUCAAUGGGAAAACAGUGAUGAGGAAAACGAUGACAAGGAUUAUGCGUUAAGGGGAUUUGAAAGAGUUGAAAUCGAGUUGGAUACAAUGGAAAUGGAAGAUUCGUUGGGUAUGAAAGAAGAAGAUAUUUCGGAAGUGUUCGUGAACGAUAAGCACAGCUUACAGUACAUUGAAACAAGUGACGCUGAGAUGUCUGACGUUAGUUGCUACGAUAAUAAACAGGUGGGCGCCGAUGAAUCUGGGACGUGGGUUGAAGCUAAUUUUGAGGGUAACAAGUUACAUGUUCCAAGUAAUGGACGAUCAGAGUUCAUAGACACUUCAAGUUGCAUGUUGCAAGACGAUAAGGAUUCGGCCGCGGAAAAAGAAUUUAAUAUUGAACUUAUUAAAUUAUACCGUUCCCUACCGUUGUUGUGGGACACGAAACAUAAAGAUCAUAACAACCGUAUUUUAAGAACAAGACAAUAUGAUAUUUUGCUCGCAAAAUAUAAAGAAAUGUAUCCAAAUGGUGUUAGAAAAGACCUUUUGAAAAAAAUUAACUACCUUCAGUCCAAUUAUCGGCGUGAAUUAAGACGGGUGUCUUCACAUGGGACAUCUACUCUAUACUAUUUUGAUGCCAUGGAUUUCUUACGCAACGAUGAACAAUCGUCCUGGGAAUCACAAAGUGGAGUGAGUGAUUUAGCAAAACUGAAGCCAACCUCUGAAGCUGCCGAACGCUAUGCGAAGCCAGAAAAGGUCACUGAGACCGUCAGCAAAUCAAACUCUUCUUAUAUUCAACAAAGUGAAUUCCCAAGAAAAGAAACUGGUUUUCCACAAAGUUCUAAGGAAGAACAAGAUCUUCAGAAGCUCACAGACGAACAGAAAUUCAUUAUUGAGCUGAUUGAAUUGUACCGCUCUUUACCGGCAUUAUGGAACAUAAAUUACAAGUACUACAAUGAUCGAGAAUCAAAAGACAUACAAUACAAUAUUUUACUUGAGAAAUAUAAAGAAAGAUAUCCGCAUGCCGACAAAGAAGAAGUUAAGAAAAAAAUUAAUACUCUUCGAACGAAUUUUCGACGAACUUUAAAAACUCCGUAUUCACAAAAACUAUACUAUUUUAAUGCAAUGCGUUUCCUUUGUAAUAUUGGCGAAUCAAACAGUACAACGUGUGAUUUUGAUGAUAUGCAGCCAACCUUUGAAGCUGCCGAACGCUAUGCGAAGCCAGAAAAGGUCACUGAGACCGUCAGCAAAUCAUAUUCUUCUUAUAUUCAACAAAGUGAAUUCCCAAGAAAAGAAACUGGUUUUCCACAAAGUUCUAAGAAAGAACAAGAUCUUCAGAAGCUCACAGACGAACAGAAAUUCAUUAUUGAGCUGAUUGAAUUGUACCGCUCUUUACCGGCAUUAUGGAACAUAAAUUACAACUACUACAAUGAUCGAGAAUCAAAAGACAUACAAUACAAAGUUUUACUUGAGAAAUAUAAAGAAAGAUAUCCGCAUGCCGACAAAGAAGAAGUUAAGAAAAAAAUUAAUACUCUUCGAACGAAUUUUCGACGAACUUUAAAAACUCCUAAUUCACAAAAACUAUACUAUUUUGAUGCAAUGCGUUUCCUUUUUAAAGAUAUGCAGGAGGAAGAUAAUGCUGGGCAGUCAGAAGAUAUCAAUAAAUCUGAUAGCGAUUCCGAAAUUACCCAUAACGAAUAUGAUAUUGAUGUACGCAAGGACAGAGAAGAUCGUACAUCACAAACUGAAGAGGAGAGCGAACAAAACAAUAAGCUCACAUCAUCUGAAAAGGAAUUUGUGAUUGAGUUAAUUAAGAUGUACCGCAAAUUACCGGCGCUUUGGCAUAUAAACAGCAAAGCUUAUCACGACCGCUUAUUAAAAUCUAAACAAUAUGAAACGUUACUUGCAAAAUAUAGAGAAAAAUAUCGAGAUGCUACCAUGUGUGACCUUAAGAGAAGGAUAAGUAACCUUCGAUCAAACUUUCACCGGGAAUCAAAACGAAUAUCUCUAACGGGAGAAACAAAUCUUUAUUAUUACGAUGAAAUGAGAUUUCUGCUUAGUAAUUAUCCUCAUUCUGAUGGCCAAAACCAGACGGAUGAUCUAGAGGGAACGCAGCUAUCAUUUGAACAAGCACAAGGUAUUUCGAAGCUCGAAGAAAUUGUGUCGUCCGACAAUGAAGACUAUAAUUGUGAAUAUAUGUCCACGGAUACGCUACCGCAGACGCAAAAAGGCAACAAAGGCGCAAGCGAAAAGGAUUUCAUUAUUGAGUUGAUUGAAGUGUAUCGCUCCCUACCGGCACUAUGGAAUAAGAAGUACAAAGAUUAUCACAAUCGUCAAGUAAAAAGCCAGCAAUAUGAAAAAUUGCUUCAGAAAUAUAAAGAAGCUAAUCCAAAUGCCGACGUCAAGGACCUUAAAAGAAAAAUUAAUUGCCUUCGAUGCAAUUACCUAAGAGAAUCUAAACGAAAUCCUCGAUAUGGGGUAUCAAGUCUGUAUUAUUUUGAUGCAAUGAGUUUCCUACGUAGUAAUGAACCGUCUGCUGACUCACAGAGCAUGAUGAAUGAAUUAGAUGAUACAGAGACCACACCAAAAAUUGUUUUAGAUGACGAACAGUCCAUAAAUUUAGCCGAAAUUUACAAGACAUAUACUUGUCUUUGGGAUGAAAACGACAUCGCAUAUAGGUUCAAAAAUAGACGUGAAGAGGCACUCAAAUCUCUGUGUGAGGAAUUUAAUAGAACAACCGGAUUAAACUUGACACAACACGAUUUGGAAAGAGAAAUAACACGGCUGCGAAAAUUUUGUUCAUAUGAAAAGAGACAAAAAACAGCAUGCAAACAAAAAAACACAGCAUUUCGUCCAACAAUUUCCUAUUAUCAUCACAUUUCAUUCCUCGAGGUCGAUGUUCCCCCCUUCGAAUGCUCAAUAUGUGGAAUAUCGCUGUUACAUUUAGGUGCACUCAAAAAACAUGUAGCAUCUCAUGAUGGUUCGCUACCAUUUAAAUGUAAUGUUUGUGGCCAUGGAUUUCACCGGUCAUGUCAUUUAGCCCUACAUUUACGUAGGCACGUAAAAGACUAUAAGUUUAAAUGUGAGGUGUGCAACAAGCCGUGCGUAUCAACUACAGUAGUAAAAAUCCAUAUGCGUACGCACACAGGUGAAAGACCAUUUGUUUGUGAAAUUUGUGGUUACACAGCUCGAAGAUCGUGCCAUUUUUUAUUACACACAAUGCGUCACCAGAAGCGACCACGUCAUAAGUGUAAAUUUUGUUCUAAAAUGUUCUAUGAAACAGGAAGGUUGAAAGAACACUUGAGCAUGCACAGGAACGUGCGAGACCAGAUAUGCAAUGUAUGCAAUAAAGGUUUUGUAAACAAGAAGCAAUUGCGCCGACAUCAGCUUAUCCACAGCGCCGAAAAGAAAUAUUUAUGCAAGUUUUGUGGGAAACGUUUCGCCCAAUCUUCUGGACUUAGUGCGCACAUGAAGUCGCACGGUACAAAGUUGUCUGCGAAACCUCCGAAAGCCUCUUCUUAGAAUGUAAAACUUACUAGUAUUCUAAGGCAAAUAAGUAAAUAAAAAUAAUAAAUGGAUUUGAAUCGCUAUCUUAGAAUAAAAGAAGUAAUUACUUG